AUGUCACAUAUAAAGGAAGUCGAAUUGCUACUUGAUGAACAUAAAUUCGUUCAAUUUUCUGCUAAUUGGUGUCCAGAUUGUCAGUACGCCAACAGGAUCUGGAACCGCUACAAUGUUCAGGAGAAGGUAAAAGUAGUUGAAAUUGGGAAUUUGUCCAAGGAUGAACAAGAAUCCUGGAGAAUAUCGUUCCAGCAAGUCACUGGUAGUAGAAACUUACCUUCAAUAUAUGUGAAUGGUAAACUUUGGGGUACUGAGAGUGAAUUACGUAAUUAUGAGGAUAAUAACCAAUUAGAAGAAGAAUUUAAGAAGAUUGGACUAUUGAAAUAA